AUCCACACUUCUACCUCGCGCCAGUUCUGUGGCUCUCAUGGCCCUCGUCGCCAGCCAUACACUCUCUCACGUCUUAAGUUGGUAGUCCUGCAACACAAUGGACGUCACAACGCCACAGAGGCGCAGCGCAAGACAAGCAACGUACUGCUCCUCCGGCAAGCGACGCAAGCUCAUCUACAAUCAGCGAGGCGAAGGCUCCUCCAAGGCCGCCGCCGCCGACGCCAGCAACACUCGUACGCCGGAGGUAGAGAAGGAGGCUGAAGUGAAGCAAUCCGCCGCUGUCGCUGUCCGAUCACCAGCAUCUCCCUCUCCAACCAAGAAGAGGGCAAGUCGUGUGAGAUUCGCGGGUCGCGACAAGACCCCUACAUCGCCUCGACCUGUCCUGUCUCAAGAUGUCGCAGAAGCAUUCGAGAUUGCCAGCCCUGGUUCUGCGUCACCGGUCAAGCGGGGUGUCAGGCCUCGACAAGAGCAGCAGCCGCAGCUCUCUGCCUCGCCCUCGAAACUCACCCCCGGUCCUCUUGCGGGGCCCUCUUCUCCUCUCAAGAAGGGCAUCGCAGCUAGGAUGGGCAAGGCCAAAAGACCAUUGCCUGUCUCAGAUGCACAGGAUGGAGACGAGAUCGAGAGCAGCCUGUCUCUGUCACAGGCAUCUCAAGAAGCCAACACUUCAGGCUCCCGAGUAGCAUCGCCUCACCCUUUCACCUCUACACGCAACUCCCGCCAAGUCUCCCCUUCACGUUCAUCCCACGAGCCAGACACCCAUGCGCGGAAUGCUGUCAACUCAGAAAGCCAGCGAGGUCGACCACGCACUUACGGUGCCGGCGUGCGCAGCUAUCUGGCCGUCAUGCCUAGCGGCGAAGCAGCAGCAGCUAACGGCGACCACUCCCCAGACUCACUUGAGCCGGAAUCGCAAGUCUCGAUGGCGGAUAGAUGGCCUACAGAGACGCAAGAGAGCCAGCAGCGCGAGAGCUAUGCGGAAAUGCGGCAGAAGUGGGUCAUCGAGGAGGCUGGCGCAGGAGGUAGUCUUGAUGUUGAAGCAGGUGCCCAGCCAGCUCUGAAGUCCUUGACCAGCUUGCGGUCGGUCGGGUCGCUGAAGAGGUUCAUGGAUGAGCUCGACUAUACUCUAGCAGGCUUGGAGCCCGAGACGAAUUCGUUGAGCGCGAGGCAGGCGUCAAGCAUAGAGAUUGCGAGAAGUCUUUGUGGACAGUUGAAGGGAACGGAGGAUCGAGAGGAACAAGGCACGUCAGUUGAUGGAGACGAGGCAGGUGGAGAAGAUAGCAUCGAUGGCACCGCGGUCUCGGAUUCAACCACUUUUCUGGUUCGUCUGAAAGCAGCUGACGCGUACGACAAGGUCUGGACUGCUCUGCGAGCAGCCGAAGCGGGCAACGGCAAAGACGAGAUCCUUGACUGGGCACUCGUCAUCGUCCUCGAUCGCCUCAUUGAGCCUCGCAUCAUGGGAACGAGCCUCUUCGACACACACGCCAGUGACAUCUGGGCUGUGCUACGAAUUGUGCUGGAGAAGGCAUCCGAGAGAGCUCGGCCUCACAAUAAAAUCGAGGAGGCGGGUCAGAGCGUCAAGACCAGCAAGAGCAAGAAGGUACUGCGUCGUCUUGAGGAGCAAAGGGCUACACUGGGUCAUCUCAGCGCACAGAUCGGCCUCAUUCCAGUCGAUGCGCUUGGCCAGCCUUCGUUGCUCUUGGCUGCCCUUUCGAUCACCGGCGCCGUCACGCAGCUGCCAGCUACCGCUUCGCUAGAACCACGAAAAAGCAUUCUCGAGCGCCCCCUCACCCCGCAUGAUCUCACGGACGAAGCAGGUAACGACACCUUUGCUGGCAAGCCACCUGCGACCAUCGUAGGCGCAGUCGCUCGCGAACUUCGACGGCAGGCCGGAAUCGCCGCUUGCAAGCUCGUCGAGCACGAUGCGGGCGCCGAUAUGCUCUCGUCAUCACCGUCCGGAUCAUCUGCUCCGUCGAUGGAUGUGCUGGGCGCGAUUGCUCGCUUGGUCGAACGUCUCGUAGGAUCCCUCGACGAGGUGGCCACAGGAGGAACCACGACGGCUCUCGCGGAUGAUGAAUGCAAGCCGCUGCUUGCCGACUACGUUGUCGAUGCGGUGCGCUACUUGCGAGCUCAUACAAAGUACUCCUCUUUCUCACCGUCGUCAUCGUUGAACACGACGCUACAAGCUUUGGGUACGAUGGGCGACUGGCUCAAGGUUCUCAUCGCACUCACGCAGGGCAACGAAGCGUGGUGCAAGGCCGUCUCGGACAGUGACGGCGCGGUGGAGCUGAUCCUAAGCCUUAUCGUGGAGCUUUCGGAAACGAUGAACGACGUCACUCUGGCCAGACCUGCGCUGUCGGCAUCACCAGCAGCAGCUACCUUCGUAGAGUCUCGUAAAUCACCACGCAAGUCGCAAGGCAACAGCAGCUCACCACAAGCCCCAUUCAAGAGCAGUGCAGCUUCUCGUACUGCCAGCAAUGGGAGCAGCGACAGCCCUACUACCGCCAUCGGCCUCGACGCUAUAGGUCACGAUGUGCUCUGCCUGGCUGUGGCGCUUGUCACGAACCUUCUCGAGCAUUACGAAGGCACUGCACAGCGUCUGACGAACAUCAGGCUGGGAAUGUCGGCCAAAGGCCAGGGGAUGUCGGGAAGCGGCGAAUGCCAGGGGCAGCUGGCUGUCACAAUGCUCUUCGGCAUUGUGACUAAGAGCUGGAGGGCUAGCGCCAGUCAUGUGGAAAAGGCCACGCACGCUCCAGACGACGCUGACAGGUCAGUAUCGUUGGAUGUUGCGGCUGCCGACUUUGCAAUCCUCCGCGCCUCCAUCGCCCUCGCGCUCGGCCUUGCCAUCAGUCAUCAUCCAGAGAAUGCAAGUUGCCUUGAGGAGCAGCAGGGUGGAGCAUCGGCUGCCUUGGAAAAGCUUGCAUCGAUCUUGGAGGAUCUUGCACCAUUACACCGCGAUGUAAUUCAGCGUGCACACGGCGAAGGAAGCGGCGAAGAAGAGGGCAGGGGCGAGGAGGACGUGGUGGAGAAGAUGGCAGCGAUGCUCCGUGGUAUGGCCGCUGAAUUUACUGAGCGUGGGAGCUCUUCGUUGGAGUCAUGAGUGCUUCAGCUCUUCAUGUGGCUUGUAUCUAUCUAGCGACGCUUUCAAUGCGAUACCAAUCUAUCAUCACC